ACCUCAAGGCCGCCAUGACGGUCGGCGGACGUGCUUGCGCGAGACACUGUGACGUCACUAACCGCUCGAACGGGGCGGGGCUCGUAAACAGAGGAAUCGAAAUAAAGGAUCGUGCAGAAAUUUAAACUGGUGAAUAUCUCACUUCUCGCCCAUAAAGUCAACGGUCAACCCCCUGUGAUGCCGAUUCGCCGAGCAGCAGCGACUCCAACCCAGGAGAAGCCCCCCUCGGCCACAGCAGAGACAGAGCCUGCAGACACCCCCGACAAGUCUCCAUCAGCUGAGGGCGAGCAGCCGGCAUCUUCCACGGAGACCGCCGAGGCCAAGGCGAGUGACGGCGAGCCAGCGGAAAACGGCGAGAAGGUGGAUGACGUGGCCGCUGACAAGGCAGGAGAGGGAGCGGAGAAAAAAGGUUUGUCUUCUCUGUCGGUGACAAACGGACAAAGUGAGAAAUGCAAGGACUGCGUGGCUGGCCAGUGCGCAACACACUGCUAUGUUCCCCUACUAAGGCUGAAGGAUGGUUACAAGUACAAGAAAGCCAAAGUCAAGAAGGUGAAGAGGACCAUCCCGGUGUGGGCGAGCGUCGCCGCCAGCAAAAAGCGGCCCGUCUCCAACUACGCUGGCACUCAGAACAGACUAGAUCAUCUCCUCAUCGAAGCCAUCACUUCUUUCAAUCACAGGUCUGGCGUGUCCUACCAGUCAGUCAUGAAGUACAUUGUGAAAAAGUACCCUGACAUGGAGCUGGACAAGAAAAAGUUUCACAUCAAGAAAGUGAUGAAGAAGCAGCUGGAGAAGGGCACGAUCAAGCAGCUAAAAGGCAAAGGCCUCUCAGGAACCUUUACCCUUGGGAAGCAGCCCUCCUCGUCAAAGAAGGCCGGUGCCAAGCAGGAAUCUCUGGGAGACGCUCUGCCGCUCAUCAUCACACGUCUGUGCGAGCCCAAGGAGGCUUCCUACUACCUGAUCAAGAAGUACCUGGAGCAACACUUCCCUAGCCUCGACAUAGAGAACAGGCCAGACGUCCUGAAGUCUGCCCUGUUAAAGGCGGUGGAGCGACGACAACUGGAGCAGAUCACUGGGAAAGGAGCCUCUGGAACUUUCCAGCUCAAGCGCGCUGGCAACCAGGUGCCACUGAAGGGUGGGGCUCUGGAGGACGCCAUCUUGGCGGCCAUCACAGCCAUGAAUGAGCCCAAAACGUGCAGCUUCACCACACUGCGCAGGUACCUGCUGGACGCCAACAAGGACAUCAAGGAAUACCAGUUGGUGGCCAACCUGAGGAGGACUCUGACAAAGUGUAAAGUCCUCGGCUGGAUGGAGCAGAUCACCGGUCACGGCUUCACAGGGACAUACCGGCUCUCAUUCCCCUUUUACCCAAGCCCAACCACUCUGUACCCAGACAAAUUCAACAAGCAGUCCAUGAAGGCCAAUCAGCCCGCCUCCAAGUCCAGGCGGAGAGCUGCGUCUUCUGAUGAGGAAGAAUCUGAGGAGGAGGAGGAAGAAGAGGAAUCUGAGGAUGAAGCUCCGGUUCGGAAGAGGACGUCCGUGAAGAGGCCCCCGCCCAAGGUUCGACAACCACCCCCAACGAAGAAGUCCGACAGCACGAAAGCGAGAGGACGCCCUCUUGGUAAAAAGUCUCCUGCCAAGAAAGCGACGACCAAGAGGGCGCCAGCCAAACCAUCAGCCUCCAAGAAAGAAGCUACCACUAAAGCCACGCCCGUGAAGAGGCGAGCACCCGCUAAGAGGCCAAAGACGCCAGCGGUCAAAAAGAUGGCCAAACGAGUGGCCAAGCGAGCGGCCAAGCGACCCGCCACCCUAGAGGAGUCUCCCGAUGAGUCUGAGGCAGACGAGGAGCCUGCAAAGGAGACGGCGAGGGGCGGGGCCAAGCGGUCGACACCCGAGGAGUCCUCGGCCAAGCGGCCUGCUGCCAAAAAUGCAAAGAGGGGUGGGGCUAAGCGUUCAAAGCAGGAGGAGGUGACCCCAGAGGAACCAGCAGAGAAGAAACAGGCGAGCAAAGGCAGACGCUCCAAGGCAGACAAGAGCAACGAGCCUGUUGCCAAGAAGGCAGCACCAAGCAACAAGAAGUCCACUCGCAAGUCAAAAAGAGGCAAGAACUGAGACCAGGACCGUCUUCCUCAGAGCGGGCCGCUCUCAAUUCGCCGCUUCCGUCAGUGCUCUCGCACCCUUUUUAUUGUGCUCCCCUUUUUAAUGGGGCAGUAGUUUUUGGUUUUUUUUUUAUUACUUCCACAGUAGAAGAAGGUCCUUACCACCAGUUUCCUGUAAAUUAAUUUCCUUUUUAAUCAGCGUGUAGAGAAGCUCACUAGUGUUGCUGCGCCAAGCUCACGUCCACUGUACUGUAACUACAACCUUUUUCUUUAGCUGUGAUGGCAGCUCACAUUCAUUCAGGCCCCUUUACUUCUAUUGUGGUUUACAAAGCUCAUGAUUUUUUAAGGUUGUUGUUGGGUCUUUCCGCCUUGCAGCACAAAGUUUAAAACUUGGUGUUCUCAUCAUGUAGAGCUGACUCGACACAAUAAUCAUCCACAAUCCAAUCCCAAUCUUUUGAUGCGUGUGUAAACGAGCGUAAUUGAAACCGGUUUUCAUGCUUCGCAGCUGGUAAUUCAGUGCGUAGCUCAGUGUUGUGAAUAAAGGAACAAGCAGCUAGCGGUAGCGACUCAAUCCCCUGCAUGCAUGUACUCCUUGUGUUGGUCUGCUUUUUUUCCCCCCCAAGGCAUUAAUAAAAAUGGCUGUUUGUACACAA